CGACCCGAUCAAGAGCGACUCAAUGGCUGACGGCUACGACCCGCAGAAGUCUCGCGUGGCUGAAGACACGCUGGCCGAUUUCCUGCGUGCGCCGCUCACUGGCGACCUGACGGAGGUUCCGGGCAUCGGCAAGGCGGCGGUCACGAAGCUCGGCGAGGCGAAGGACGGGGAGGAAGCCGUGGAAAACACGUUCCAGCUCAUCGGCAAGUUCCUUAUGCUCAAGGCCAACUCGGACGACAACGACGACGGCGUGAUCAACUGCGCGCAGCACUGCGACGCCUUCUGGUUCUGGCUCAAGUCCAAGGGCAUCACGGCGUACAGAAGUGGUAUUGUGAUGGCCAUUGCCGAGAAGGUGAACACGAUGCUGCCUGGUAUUUAUGACGCGGCAGAGUUCCAAUAGAGCAGCAAUGCGCAGUCUACCCAGGAAGGAGGGUGUGCAGCGGAUGAGGUGGCGGCAUCCCAAUCAAAAUUGCUGCCAAUGGUCAGUGGGCGUGCGUGCAAGCGUGCAAGUGUGCACCGUAGAAUGAUCGACGUCCGCUCCACCUCAGCACUAAGGAGAGAGAGAGAAACAAAACAGUUUAGUUUGCCUUGACGCUGUCCUUCGUUCGGCUCCAUGAUCGUAUGUAUCCAUUUCGCCGCUCAGCGGAAUUAUUGUGCAUGUGGGCUAUUGCAGUAAUUUCAAAACCCU